AUGCCUGCGCGAACUAAGAAGGAAGAGCAGCCACAGGCUGAGGAUACCAACAUGGAGGACGCCCCAGCCUCCGCGCAGCCUGAGGUGAAUGACGAGAAUGUCGAGGAUGAGGAAGAAGAGGAGGAAAUUGAGCCCCAGAGAGUCCGAAUCCUUCCUGGCUCAACAGAUACUGCUGCCUCCUUUGAGUUCACUGAUGAAGGCCAUACACUUGGCAACGCCUUGAGAUAUAUCAUCAUGAAAAAUCCCGAUGUUGAAUUCUGCGCCUACUCUAUCCCCCAUCCCUCAGAGCCCAAGAUGAACAUCCGUAUUCAGACUUAUAGCGGAACUGCAGUCGAUGCCCUGAAGAAGGGCUUGGUUGACAUUCAAGAAGUAUGUGAUGUAGUCGCCGAUGAGUUCUGGACCAAGAGGGAGGCCUACAACGCAGAGCAGGGCAUUGGUCGAUGA